AUGGAUCCCUUCCCCAAAGACGGCGAGAGCGCGGCGGCCGGGGAGCCGAGCCGGGGCGCUGCCCCCUCCAGCGGGGUGGUGGUGCAGGUCCGGGAGAAGAAGGGCCCCCUGCGCGCCGCCAUCCCCUACAUGCCGUUCCCCGUGGCUGUCAUCUGCCUCUUCCUCAACACCUUCGUGCCGGGGCUGGGAACGUUUGUAUCCGCUUUCACCGUGCUGUGCGGAGCCCGGACCGACCUCCCCGACAGGCACAUGUGUUGUGUCUUCUGGCUGAACAUUGCUGCUGCUCUGAUUCAGAUCCUGACGGCGAUCGUGAUGGUUGGCUGGAUUAUGAGUAUAUUUUGGGGGAUGGACAUGGUCAUUCUCGCAAUUUCACAAGGCUACAAGGAACAGGGGAUCCCACAGCAGCUGUAGUGGCUGGGACAAGUGUGGUCAGAGAAACACGGCGAGAGAUUUCCUUUGGCAGCUGUGGGCCACGGACGUUUUCAUUACCCUUUGUCUUUCUUCUUCCUUUUGUUUUGUUUCCU